AUGGCUGGAGAGAAAGGAGGAGGUAAAGAGACUGGAGGAGCCCAUCUUAAAAGGGUGGAAUCUUUGGAAUUGGAGCUAGGAACAUUGUAUGAUCGACUGGAGAACCAAGGGAAUCAGAUUCAACACCAAGCUGAUUCCAUAGCUUCAAUCCAGUUGAAGAUGGACCAACAUCAGUUGAAGAUGAACCAAAAGAUGGAGGAAAUCUUGGGUGCCUUGUCCAAAAAUCGAACUACAACCCACCAUGGGAAGACCACCGUGGAGGAACAACCUAGCAUGUCACCAAUUCCGUCCAUCGAAGAAACACCCAAGGUCUACAGCGGAGCGUCACACAGUGACGUCGGAGGAAUCAGAGGCGGAAACGGGGGCGGAGAAUGCCACACCGGGGGAACCAACUGGUAA